AUGGAGCUAACAACUUGGAUAGUAUCCGUUGUGGUGAUUCUGGCGAUCUAUAUAUGGCUGCAGCGACCAGACCCACGGCUUCCACCCAGCCCUGUUCGAGCUCUACCAAUUGUCGGCCAUAUCCUGUCCAUGAGUCGAGACACCAGGUCGCAGCUUAGAGCGUGGCGACAUUGCUGUGGGGACAUAUACAGCUUGUACAUGGGGAACACGUUGGUUGUUGUUCUUAACGGUUACGACUUGAUCAAAGAAGCCCUCGUCACGAGAGCAGAUAUCUUCUCCGACAGGCCCUCACUUUUCGUUGAUAUGGCUUCCGGUUUACCCAAGUUGGGAAUUCUUUUCUCCAAUGGAGCAGUUUGGAAAGAGCAAAGGUCUGUCAGUCUCUCCAUCCUUAGAUCUUUCGGAAUGGGGAAAAAUGUCUUGGCCGAAAAAAUACAAGAAGAGAUAGAUUGCUACAUGGAAGUUCUGGCAGAUCUGAAAGGAGAAUGCACAGAUAUCGAAGUUUUUACAAGCAUCAGCAUAUCCAACAUAAUCUGUUCCAUCCUGCUUGGCCAACGCUUUGACUACGAGGACAAAACAUUUCAGGAUUUAAUACACAAAUCCAGAGAUCUGGUCUCGGAACAAGAAGCUGUUAGUUUAAUUAAUUUUUUCCCCUGGCUGAAUUUUCUACCUGGUGAUUUGUUCAAAGCUAAAAAGCUCAGAGUUAGUUACGUGUCUUUAAUUAAUAUGUUCUCUGAUGUGUUAAACGAGAAAAAACAUUUCAGUGAUUCCAACGAUGUGAGCAAUUUUAUUUAUGCAUAUAUUAAUAAAAGAAACCAGAAAAUACAAUCUGGCAUAUCUACGUCUCUUGACGACCAGAAUUUAGUAAAGACCAUGUGCGAUCUAUUUGGGGCUGGAACUGAAACCACCAGUACUACUAUCUAUUGGUGCAUACUCUACAUUUUAAAUCACCAGAAAGUCCAAGAUAAGGUUUACGAUGAGAUUAAAAAUAAAGUGGGAACAUUUCGAACCCCAACGAUACAUGACAAGAGUCAGCUGACCUAUCUUAACGCUGUCAUUAUGGAAACUCAACGGCUAGCUAGUAUUGCUCCGGUAGCUUUGCCUCACCAGUGUUCUGAGGAGGUAACUCUGAAAGGCUUCACCAUACCUAAAGGAACCAUGAUCCUUCCCAACCUGGACUCUGUCCUCCAUGACAAAGACACCUGGGGAGAGGACGCCAUGAGCUUCAGACCUGAACGAUUCAUCGACAACGACGGCAAGUUGAAGAACCCUGAACAGUUUAUCCAGUUCGGUAUUGGACCUCGUGCUUGUCUGGGCGAGAGUUUGGCCAUGAUGGAACUGUUUCUGUUUCUCUCCAACAUGUUCCAGAGAUUUCAGUUCCUUCCGCCAAAUCCGUGUAGUAUCCCGCCAUUAGCGUACAAGACCGGCGUUGUUGUCAGCCCACUGGGGUACGAGGUGAGGGUGGUCAAGAGAAUUUAA